AUGGGUUUUGUUAAAAUUAUCCCAACCAUCCCAAGCUUUCAGCCAUGGCUCGUGGGCUUCUCACUUAUGCUCAUGUUUUUGGUGCUUUGGUCGCAGCUUUCUGACAUUGGCAUUUUAUCGAACACCAAGCGCGCACAUCUAAUCCCAGCCACAACCACAAGGACCCUCGCCGCCGCCGCCGGCGGCGGCGGCCCGCCGGCGCUGGCGUACUGGAUCAUGGGCGGCGGUGGAGAUGGCCGGAGAAUGAUGAGGCUUCUUAAAGCUAUCUACCACCCGAGGAACCGUUACCUCCUUCAGUUGGACUCGUCCGCCAUGGAAAGCGAAAGAGUGGAGCUCGCAAUUUGGGCGGAGGGGUUGGGAAGGGUAUUUUCGGAAUUUGGAAAUAUUGACGUGGUGGGGGAAAGUUAUGGUGUGAACCGGAUGGGGGCGUCGGGAUUGGGUGCGGUGCUCCACGCGGCAGCGCUGCUGCUGAGGAUCGACGGUGGGGAUUGGGAUUGGUUUGUGCCGUUGACCGCCUCGGAUUAUCCAUUAUUGACCCAAGAUGAUAUCCUAUAUGCUUUUUCAUCCCUGCCUAAAGAUACCAAUUUUAUGGCAUACACAAAUGACACUGCCUGGAAAAAGCGGCAAAAUGUUAGCCGGGUUGCUGUUGAUCCGAACCUCUAUCAUAAGGAAAAUCGACCCGUUUUCUACGCUGCAGAAACUAGAGAAGAGCCUAAUGCAUUUUGGAUUUUUGGAGGUUUGUAUACACUUCUAAAUCAUAAUAGCGUUCGAUCAGAAUAUACGAUAAGCGAGAAAGGUUCGCCGUGGAUGAUACUGAGCCGAAACUUCGUCGAGCAUUGUGUGAAGGGAUGGGACAAUUUUCCUCGAAAAUUGCUAAUGUACUCAAGCAAUGUGGCAUUUCCACUAGAAUCCUACUUCCAAACGGUACUUUGCAACACGCCCGAGUUCCAUAACACGACAAUUGUGAACGACGAUUUGAGAUAUAUCGUCAAUCGAAACGAAACCCUUAACAUAACAACAAUAAAGAUUUCCAAUCGUGACUCCAAAACUACAAGACGAACGAUUUUUGUUGGGCCGUUCGAAGAAAACGACCCAAAGCUACAAGCAAUCGACGAGCAACUCCUUAAGCUCGAUAAAAAUGGGAUCGUGCGAGGAAAAUGGUGCGAGAAAAGGAGAAUAAUGAACGAGACCGAGCCAAGAUUGAUGAAUAGUACUAUUGCAAGUGAAAACUUGUGCUCGUCGUCUAAGGGAGAUGUUGAUAGUUUGGAGUCGGGGGUUUUGGGGACUUUGCUUCGUACGUAUUUGUCAAGUGUAGUUAAAGAGAAUGAAUUGGCGAGCGGUUUGUGCCGAAGCCAUGUUAUUCGAAACGAAAGAAAGAAGUAAUGGGUGAGAUUGUUGCCUGGUUAGGUUUAGUUUGUGAAGAGUGUAUAUGCAAAAACUUGUGCAAAAAGAGAGUGAAUUGUUUGAACUCUGAUUAUAAACAAGCUACUUGAUUUCCAAAUAGUGAACUAAAGUGAAUUUCCCUCACUUGAUGAACAAAAUUUAAAGUGUUGUCACUUGUCACUCACUUUAGUUUGAUGACUCAAAUAUAGUUAGGUGUUCUUG